AUGCAUAUUGCUCAGAUCAUUCCCUGUCUUGGCCUUUUUGGCAUUGUGAAUGCAGCAACUGCAGCACCGGCUGUACUGAUGGCUCAGCUAUAUAGCAAGACUAAUUUCAACGGCGCGAGUCAACCAAUUUACCCCCCUGGCGGCAACUGUAUAACGAUUAACGAUGAGCUAUUCGAUAACGUUAAAUCAAUUGAGAUUACAAAAGGAGUUCGCUGCGACUUGUUCUACUAUGAUGUGUGCGGCGCAGGCGGUUACCUCAGAAUUACCUCUUCUACGACUGUCAUUCCUGGAAGGACCGACUUCCGCUCUGCUCGAUGCAUCUUUACAUAG